AUGUCUUCCAUGGUUGAGCUAGCUUCUCUCAGCUUAGAUCGAUGGUUGCAAGCGGAGCUGCUCAUCGGCAUGCCGUCCGCAUCGUAUAUUACCGAGGCUUUGUGCGCAACAACGCAUACGAUGCAAGUGAGCGAGAAACACACAACUCCGGCUCCGCCCAGCGUGCGGCAUACUAAUAGGACUUGCCCAUCACCUGUUGCAGUGACCAAUAGCAUUGGCCACUGGUUCAGCGGGUCUUUCAUGAGCGAGGUCACCGGAGCUUGGUCAACUUCCAGACAUGUGCUUGAUGGGAUCAUCGCAUUAGUGGCCGCUCUCGUAAGUGACAUGCAUAAUCGCGAUGGGCUAAACGCUGGAGUGGUGUACCAAACUUGGCCUGUUUGGGAGUCUUUAUUGGUCACUUCCUAUGCGGGUAUCUCUAAUUGGCACAUCAGGGAAAAAGCAACUGGAUGUGAUUUGAAGGCAUCGAAAGACGCGGACGUUGAAACUGACAGAUACGGAGAUCCGCGUGGGAAUAUCUCGUGA